CCGACGGGGCGCCGGGAGCUGCGGCCCCGGUGCCGGUCCCGGAGCCUCGGAGCGGCGGCGACCGACGGUGCGGACGGAGGGGCGGCGCUCCCCGGUGCCCGCGCAUUGCCGGGGUCCCCCCCCCAAAACCGGUACCGUGGGGUGCUGAGCGGCUCUACCCCCCCCCCCCAUCCCCCCGCCCGUGCGGUGCCUCCGGGGGCGCGCCCCCCCGUUACCGUCGUUGGGGGUACGGUCGGAUCCGCGCCCCGAGAGGGAGCCGGCUCGGCCCAGCCCCCGGUGCCGUUCCUGGAGCGCCGGGUGGGGGCGGGACGGGAAGAUCGAGCGGCCUUAAAGGCGGAGCCGGCAGCGGGUGCCGCGGGGGAGGGAGCGCGGGGGGGACACCGCGACGGUCGGGGCUCGGCGGGGGACGUGAAAGGGGCAGGAGGGCUGCCGGGGCUCUGGGCUGGCGGCUGCUGCUGCUGCUGCUGCACCGGGCUGCAGGGACCCCCGGAGCUGGAGGGACGGGGAAGGCUGAUGGAGGCUGUUGCUGUGCUGGGCUGGCUGCUGCCUUUGCUGCUGCAGGCUGUGCCCGGGGCUGCGGGCUCCCGGCCCUGCAGCCCCAAGUACUUCGGGCGCGAUGCCAUGGUGUGUGUGUGCAACGCCACGUACUGUGACACUCUGGAGCCCGUGGUGCUGCCGGCCCCGGGCACCUACAUCAAAUAUGAGAGCAGCAAAGCUGGCAAGAGGCUGGAACGCAGCGAGGGGAGCUUCCAGCCCAGCCUGAGUGCCCCAGAUCUCGUCCUGACCCUGGACACGACACAGAGGUACCAGAAGGUGAAAGGUUUUGGUGGCUCCAUCACUGAUGCAGCAGCUUUGAACAUCCUUUCCCUCCCAGAGCCAGCCCAGGAUCACCUCCUGCGCUCCUACUUCUCUGAGGAAGGGCUGGAAUACAACCUUGUCAGGCUCCCUAUGGCCAGCUGUGACUUCUCCCUCCAUAUCUACACCUAUGAUGAUGUUCCCUAUGACUACGAGCUCACCCACUUCAGCCUGCGAGACGAGGACACGAAGCUGAAGAUCCCCCUUGUGCAUCGAGCCUUGGCCAUGAGCAAGAGGCCACUGUUGCUUUAUGCCAGCCCUUGGACCUCCCCAACCUGGAUGAAGACCAGCGAGUCCUUCAUAGGGAAAGGCACUCUGAAGGGACAAGCAGGGGACAAGUACCACAAGACCUGGGCCAAGUAUUUUGUGAGGUUCCUGGAUGAAUACGCCAAGCACAACGUGACCUUCUGGGCAGUGACAGCAGAGAACGAACCCACGGCUGGGCUGAUCAACAACUACCCCUUCCAGUGCUUGGGCUUCACUGCUGAGCAGCAGAGAGACUUCAUUGCAAAGGAUUUGGGUCCAGCCUUGGCCAACAGCUCCCACCAGCACAUCCAACUCAUCAUCCUGGAUGACAACCGCCUCCACCUCCCUCACUGGGCCAAAGUGGUGCUGGAGGAUGAAGAAGCCGCUCGCUACGUGCACGGCAUCGGCAUCCACUGGUACCUGGAUUUCAUCGGCCCCAUCCAGGACACUGUGGUGCCCACUCAUGAGCUUUUCCCUGACUACUUCAUCCUGGCCACAGAGGCCUGCAUUGGAGCUCAUUUUUGGGAGAGGGAUGUCAUCCUGGGCUGUUGGGAUCGAGGGAACCAGUACAGCCACAGCAUCCUGUUGAACCUGAACCACUUUGUGACUGGCUGGACUGACUGGAACUUGGCCUUGGAUUUGGAGGGAGGACCCAACUGGGUCAAGAACUACGUGGACAGCCCUAUCAUUGUGGAUAGCAGUGAAGGGGUCUUCUACAAGCAGCCCAUGUUCUACCACGUGGGACAUUUCAGUAAGUUCAUCCCUGAGGGCUCCCAGCGUGUGGGGCUUGUCCCAUCCAAGGAAUCCAAGAAGACAGAGCUGGAGUACACGGCCCUUCUACGCCCUGAUGGUGCUGUGGUGGUGGUGGUUCUGAACCGGUCCCCCCAGGAUGUCACCUUUGGGUUGGCUGAUACCGUUGGCCUCAUCUCAACCGUGGCACCGGCCAACUCCAUCCAGACCUACCUGUGGCAGCGACAGUGAUGGGCUUGGGAGACCCUGUGGCUGGCCAGAAGCAACCAGGCUGGGCCAGGAGAGCAGCCCCACACUGGCCACAGGCCCAUGGAAGAGGUGGCUCAGUGCUGGCUGCUGUGACAGAGCCAAGCCUUUGGGCCAAUGAACCAGGCUGGGCAGUGCCAGGAGCACGCAGGAGGGCUGAGGGCAAGGCUGCCCCUCAGUGCAGACAUCCCACAGGCUGCAAGCACCAUUUUCUGUUGCUCUAGCAUUAAAUGCUGCUGCUUCCUC